UUGAGACUAAGCUGGAGGUUCAACCCUACACAUCCAGAGAUACAAUUGAAUGGAUAAAUGGAAUCAUAAUUAUGCAUUCGAAUGGCCUAGUCAAAGUCCAGACCUAAAUCCAAGUGAAAAUCUGCUACAUAACCCAAAUAUUGCCGCUCACAGAUGCCUCACCGUCCAAUCUGACUGARCUUGAAGUAUGGACACAACACUGUUUAUCGCUAAGAAUCCCAUUACGAUACAUGGAAGUUUAUGGUCGUAAUAUGAMCAAGAUGAAACAAGAUUUUGCAAGACAGGAAAACUGGCUCCUCGUAACCCUCUCUUUUAUUAUCUGCGUUAGUAUCUGCUUUUAUGGAUUCUUUUAUAUUGUKUGUUUUUUUAAAUCUGUGUCUGUGAUUCUUAUCUCUUCUUUUUAGAUUUCCACGUUGCAACUCUGACAAAAAAAAAAAAGAAACAAAACCCAACCAUGUCUGUAACAAACGGUCACAGUGUGGGCAAAGAAACAUGGGACUCCCACAACMAGAUGAUGCUGGAGCCUCUGUCCGUCAACGACUCGGAGGUGUUCUCCAUCAUAAAGAAGGAGAAGCACAGGCAGACGUACGGACUGGAGCUGAUCGCUUCGGAGAACUUCGCCAGCAGAGCUGUUCUUGAAGCUCUCGGUUCCUGCAUGAACAACAAGUACUCUGAGGGCUACCCCGGCCAGAGGUACUAUGGUGGAACUGAACAUGUCGAUGAGCUGGAAAGGCUUUGCCAGAAGAGGGCGCUGGAGGCCUUUGGUCUGAACUCUGAGAAGUGGGGAGUUAAUGCACAGCCGUACUCAGGUUCCCCGGCUAACUUCGCGGUCUACACCGCCGUGGUGGAACCGCACGGCCGGAUCAUGGGCCUGGACCUUCCCGACGGCGGUCACCUCACUCACGGCUUCAUGACCGAGAAGAAGAAAAUCUCAGCAACGUCCAUCUUCUUUGAAUCCAUGCCCUACAAGGUGCCUUGUCUCUGCACCUGUUCAGUUAGAAAUCCAGUUUCCCAAAGUAAUGAGCGACGGUGUGUUUGUUUGUUAUCUUCUGUAAAUGUAGCACAUAACAAAAAAAAAGUUACAUUUCUGCUUAUUUCAGGAACAAGCUGCUAUUCCCGUAACCUUGACUACGCUCGCUUGAAGCAGAUCGCCAACGAGAACGCCGCCUAUCUGAUGGGGGACAUGGCUCACAUCAGUGGGCUGGUGGCGGCCGGRCUCGUSCCCUCGCCCUUUGAUCACUGUGACAUCGUCACGACAACGACUCACAAAACUCUCCGCGGCUGCCGGGCCGGCCUUAUCUUUUAUCGGAAAGGAGUACGGAGUGUGGACGCCAAAGGUAAAGAGACGCUGUACAACUUGGAGUCUUUGAUCAACCAGGCUGUGUUUCCCGGGCUGCAGGGAGGGCCACACAACCACGCUAUUGCAGGUGUUGCCGUGGCUCUGAAACAAGCCAUGACUCCAGAGUUUAAGUCUUACCAGCUGCAGGUUCUUGCUAACUGCAAAGCUCUGUCCAGUUCCCUCAUGGACCUCGAGAAGUUCAAGCAGACAAACGGUCUGGAGCUGAUAGCAUCUGAGAACUUCACCAGCAGAGCCGUCCUGGAGGCUCUUGGCUCCUGUUUGACCAACAAGUACUCUAAAGGGUUUCCUGGUCAGAGCUGCUACUACGACGGGCCGGAGUAUAACGAUGAACUGGAGACACUUUGUCAGAGGAGAGCCCUGGAGGUCUUCGGUUUGGACUCUGAGAAAUGGGGAGUGAACGUGCGGCCGUACUCGGGWUCCCCUGCCAACUUUGCGGUCUACACGGCCGUUGUGGAGCCACACGGUCGGAUCAUGGGCCUGGACCUUCCCGACGGGGGUCACCUGUCGCACGGCUUCAUGACCGAUGGGAAGAAAAUCUCAGCAACGUCCAUCUUCUUUGAAACUAUGCCAUACAAGAUUCUGUUUGAUAAUUAUCUGACCUUCCUGUUCUUCGUAGGCGAUAAGAGCGCUCUGCGUCCAAGCGGUCUGAGGUUUGGCUCUCCGGCUCUGACCUCCAGAGGAAUGGUGGAGGAAGACUUCAAGAAGGUGGCCCACUUCAUUCACAGAGGUAUUGAGCUGACCUUGGAAGUGCAGAGAAGUCUGGACCCCAAGGCCACCCUGAAGGAGUUCGUCCAGGCGUUGGCGCAGGGAGAGAAGUUCCAGCAGCGGGUGUCAGAGGUCAGGGCGGAGGUGGAGGCCUUCGCCGGACUGUUCCCCAUGCCGGGCCUUCCUGAACUGUAGAGCGGAGCCUCCUUGCCGCUCCAGUCAAGACGACUUCAACAUGUUCCCCCGAAUCCAACAGUUUCCCUUUUUCUCAACGGGGGAGAAACGUUUUCCUUUUUGUUUGCCGUUGUUACGAAGCUUCGCUGUUUUAAAUGUGAUUGUUUUUCGGAGAUGACGAGAGGCUGCGCUGGAACGAAUGAACGUUAAUGUCGUCAUGACUUUCCAUUGACAAACUGUUCCAGCUUGAAUCGCUGACUUGGAUCCAUACAUUACUAAUUUAGAUGUGUAUGAUUCUAUUGUGUAACUUAAUAUAUAGGUCAAUAGUGCUGCAUUACAUUAAGUUAAAUUACAACUGAAUAAAUGAAGAGUGACUGUAUGUCUGUUUUUUUAAUUUUAAAUGUAAUUUGCUCUGACUUUAAAAUAAAGCACAUUUUUUAAAGAGAA